UCGCCUAGUAAGGGGGAGCUGAUGACGUCAUCCCACCGCCGACACUGUGGGCCGUGCUGAGGGCAGCAAGGGGCAGCGGCUGCCUCUCCAUACGUCAUCUCCAUGCACCGGCAGCCGGGUGGCUCCUGGGCAGGGCACAUCAUGUCCAAACUGAGGGUGCCCCGUGUGGGGCUUGGGAUACUGCUGGGUGCGGCUGCUGGGAUCGGGUUCUUGUAUGUGUUCUACAAACAGAGGUGGAAAAGGCCCUGGUGGGGAGGCAGCUCCAGGCACACUCUGGUUCAGCUCAUGCAGAACUCUGUGGGGCCCCAUGAAAAUGCAGAGACUCUGGGGCUCCAUAACCAGGUUCUGCUUAUAAGACAAGCACCAGUGGAGGCUGGUGAUGGCAUUACAUACACCUCUCUCUUAACACGAGAAGAGCAGGUGGAAGUGCUGAACCGUCUGGACUUUGUGCUGAAAAACAUUAUAGAGCUAAGAAAAGAAGUGGAGGAGCUGAAGAACAGCCUGCAGAGUUUAGCUGGGGAGAUCAGUGGAGAAGUCAAAUCCCACCUGGAAGAAACCCAGAAGGUAACUCGGCGGAGGCGGUACCCAUUUCCUAGAGAGAGGAGUGAUUCCACAGGGUCCAGCUCUAUUUAUUUCACAGCCAGCUCAAAAGGGGCCAAUACAGAUGAUGGUGAAAGUGAGGGAGGGUACACCACAGCCAAUGCAGAGUCUGAUUAUGACCGAGAGUCAGAGAGAGAAAGUGAGGAAGGAGAAGACGAAGUGAGCUGUGAGACGGUGAAGGCUGCACGGAGGGAUUCACUGGACCUAGUCAAUGAGGAUGAAACUGUUUUGGUCUUUGACUCUACAAUGGAGGAAGAAUUUGGUCAGCUGUUGCAGCAAGCUGACCAGCUGCAUAGUGGGAAUAACCAGGAGAAGAGGGAAGGAUUCCAGCUGCUGCUUAAUAAUAAACUGGUGUAUGGAGACCGACAGGAUUUCCUUUGGCGCCUGGCUCGAGCAUACAGUGAUCUGUAUGAAAUCACAGAGGAUGCAGACGAAAAGAAAUCAUACGCUUCUGAUGGGAAAGAAGAGGCAGAGGCAGCCCUACAGAAAGGGGAUCGAAGUGCUGAGGGUCACCAAUGGUAUGCUAUUCUUUGUGGCCAGUUUUCAGAACAUGAAAGUAUUCAGAAGCGUAUUCAAGCUGGGUAUGUUUUUAAGGAACAUGUUGAUAAAGCAAUUGCCCUGAAACCAGAUGACCCCAAGUCUUACUAUCUUCUGGGCAGGUGGUGUUACCAGAUCGCUCAUCUGGGAUGGCUUGAAAGAAAAACUGCUUCUGCCUUGUAUGAAGAACCCCCUACAGCCACUGUCCAUGAUGCACUGCAGAACCUUUUAAAGGCUGAAAAGCUGAGCUCAGGAUUUUCCAAAGCAGGAAGGGUGUACAUUGCUAAGUGCUACAGAGACCUGGGGAAUAACUCUGCAGCUGUUCAAUGGAUGAAUCUGGCUCAGAGCUGGCCAGUUAUCACAAAUGAGGAUGAAAAACUCAAGAGGGAGAUUGAGGAGAUGCAAGGAAUCUCAGAAGAAUAACUAUUUUUUUUAAAAGCCCAGUCCUCUGAUAACUGUGACCAGUACAAAUUCCAGUCUAAAGGGUUUCACAAUCCAGAUAAUCUUGGAUUGGGCUUCAUGGGCAAAUCACAGAUCUUACAAGGAACAAACCAAACUGCAGUUUCAACAGCACUUCCCUGAGGAGUUAAAUCUUGGCAGAGACUCACCGGACUAAACUCUAAUUCUGUUCAUCUGCCUGCCUGUUACACCAGAUAUAGUCUAAUGAAUCCAGCGCUUGACCUGUUCAGUGCAGCAGCCAUCAACUUGAUUGGAUUUUAGUUUUCCUCUAUGCCUUUGAUUUUAACAUUCAUCCACCUACACUUCCCAAGAAGUAUUUAUAGCUCAACUUCCACCAGGAGAGGACCUAAACAUGUGAAGUUCAAGUUGUGAUGGGAUUCUGUGCUCUAUUUAAUAAAAUGUCAGCGGCAUGGUUCUAGUGUGUCAUGAGGGCAGGGAAUCAACAGCCACCCUUAGCUAUGCCUAUAUUUCUUAGUAGUUGGUGACAACCAUUGCUAAUAGGCAGAGCUGAGAAUGUCAGUCUUUCCUUACUGCUGAUCUCUUUGAUUGCUCAUGGCUUUUUCAGCAUAAUACCAAAGGCAAGAGUUCUGCUCAGCCCCUCCUCAUCUCCCUUUGAAAACAAUCGGUGAUCCUGUUGUCUCUUUGCAAAUUCAUCUGACUAGUUAGUGGUUUUAGUCAUCAAGGUAAAAUCAGCAAUACUCAUUAGCAUAUGUAUAGGAGGUUAACAUCAUGGGACCAGUGCAUCUGCUUUCAGAGACGUUUUUCAGAAAUAAGAAUUUAUGUUAAAGAAACAUAUCACUGCCAUAAAAGACAAGUGAUUAAAAUCUUAAAUUUGGAACACAAACUGGAUUUUCUUCACUCAUCAAAAAUGCUAAUCUUUUAAUCCAAGUGGACACUUUCAGAUUCCUUAAUUGUGAAAGAUUGUCUUCUGCAGUCAUCUAAACCUUACCUACUUGAUGUAAAUAAAGAAGUUUAGGAGUUGCAGAGGCUGUUCAUUAUCUUUAUGAAGCACUUGGGGCACAAAGGGAGGAACCACGUGACAAAAUUGACAGUUCAGCACAGUGUCUUUCCACCUCAUUCUGCAAGCUAACAAAUUCAAAGUAUAAUCAAAAUGACACUUGGGGUGGGGUGGAGAAUCAAGGUAACCACUAAUAUUUGUUCCAAUCAGUUCCAAAUAGCAGAAAGUUUGUUUGUUUUGUUUUUUUGUUUUCUCCUCUAACACUUUUUUUUCCAGAGGACAACACAACUCACCUUGUUCUAUGCACAGUGAUUUGUCCCAGGAAUCUAACUGGGCUUCCUCUUACCUUUUAAAUUUUGUAUUUUAGCUGGUAGCUAUCUGUGUGUGGACAUUAAACACUUUAUUACAUGUUGUAUAAUAUCAUGUCUGAUUUGCUGUAGAGUGGGAUUACAAAACCAAACAUUUAAGCUAAUUACACACCAUCUAAUAGAAAA